AUGCUGAUCGCGCUUGCCUACCCGGGCGAGGACAAGCAAGAGCCCAACAUUCAAUCGGUUUACAUUGCCAAGAAGGAACUCAAAAAAAACCGUUUCCGGGGCUAUUUAGACAUUUUGCACACUUUUUACAUUGACCGCGAGAAACCGCGCGAAGCGAUCAAAGUUUUCGGCGAAUUCAUCGACUACGCUAAGAAGAACAAAAAGUUAGCCGUUAUUUUCCCCGAGGGAACGCGCACCAAGGACGGACUGAUCUCGACUUUCCGUUCGGGCGCUUUUAGCUUGGCCAAAAAACACUACUUACCGAUCGUGCCCGUGACCAUUAAUAACAGUUGGGGAAUCGGCGACUUAACCCGCAAAGGCACAUUGACAGUGGAAGUAGUUUUUGACAAACCGAUUAAACCGGUUAGUUUUAUUAACCAAGACGCCAAAACUUUGGCUGAGAGAAUCGAAAACAUCGUGAAACGAAACUGA